AUGGUGACUUUUCGCCUCAGCAAACAAGGCUGGUGUGUCAUCUUCAUUUUGGUCGCCGUAUUUGUCCUAUACUAUCUUUCUGGAUCGAGCUAUGUGGGUCGUUUACAAGGAGAUGUGAUCAGCAUUCGAACUUUAUUGACACAAAGCAUCUAUCUGUCUGAAGACGCCGGAUACUUCAUCGCCUCAACCUAUUCGCCAUCUUCUUUGGAAACUCGAGCCAAAGCUUCAGCUGGUGGGCUAAUAAAGGAAUUGCUCACGAAUAUGGAUCUGGCGUCCCACUCUGUGAUAGUCUCAGGACUUUCAAAAUUUUUUCCAACAGUUCGGGUUAUUUCAGAGGAGCAUCCCCCAUCUACCUCACCGUUUUUUAAUCAUGCUGGCGAUCCAUUUCACUCCAGUUUUGAAAAAGAGCUUUCAGAUAGCGACUUUUUUGUGCCUGCAUCCGAUCUCACCGUUUGGGUUGACCCACUGGAUGCCACACAAGAACUAACGGAAGGACUACUGGAAUAUGUGACGGUAAUGAUUUGUAUCACGCUUCGUGGACAUCCCAUCGCUGGUGUCAUUCAUCAACCAUUCACCCACCGAACAUAUUGGGCCUGGCGUGACCACGGCAUCUCGUCUGACCUUGCGAAAAUCAUGAGCGAUGCUGCCACGUCGAAACUUGCAAGUGACGUGUUGGUAGUCACUCAUUCUCGGUCCCACUUGAACACAUCACUCGGACAAUCAGUGAUCGACGCAUUUAAACCACAGCAGCUGCUUCUUCUACCUGCUGGAGGUUCAGGAUUCAAAAUUCUGAGUCUCAUUCAGCAAAAGGCUCACCUGUACAUACAUCCUUCAAGCACUCGACGAUGGGAUGUGUGUGCUGCGCACGCGGUUCUCGAGGCGGCUGGCGGUCGCAUAACGGGAUUGGAUGGCUCCCAGCUGUCUUACGAUCCGAGUUCGCCGGCAGUGAUUCCCAAAACCACAGGACUAUACGCUGCAUCGUCAAAAGAUUUGUACGAUAAGUGGAAACCUAUGGCGUCUAAGUUGAUCCCUCUGCAACCCUGA